CCCCCAGCGGGAGAAGAAAGGUCUGGGUACAGGCCGAGCUGAACCGGCUCAGGCAGCCAGCGGGAAGGGCACCGACUGGAUCAUCCCGACCACAGAGACACCAGCAGAUCCCCUGACCAUGAGCUCCGUCACCAUUGAGUGUGUCCUCCCGGAGCACUGCCGCUGCGGGGAGUCUCCGGUGUGGGAGGAAGCAUCCAACUCGCUGCUCUUCGUGGACAUUCCUUCCAAGAAGCUUUGCCGCUGGGAUCUGCUUAGCAAGCAGGUUCAUCGAGUGACUUUGGAUGCCCCUGUCAGCUCCGUGGCCCUCCGCCAGGCCGGAGGCUAUGUCGCCACAGUUGGAACGAAGUUCUGUGCCGUGGACUGGGAAGAUCAGUCAGCCAGCGUCCUGGCCACCAUAGAUGAAGACAAGAAAAAUAAUCGCUUCAAUGAUGGGAAGGUGGAUCCCGCUGGGAGAUACUUUGCUGGCACUAUGGCUGAAGAGACAGCCCCAGGAGUUCUGGAGCGGCGCCAAGGGUCCCUGUACUGCCUCUUUCCUGACCACCAUGUGGAAAAGUACUUUGACCAGGUGGACAUCUCCAACGGCUUGGAUUGGUCCCUGGACCACAAGAUCUUCUAUUACAUAGACAGCCUGUCCUACUCCGUGGAUGCUUUUGACUAUGACGUGCAGACAGGAAAGAUCUCCAACCGCAGAAGUGUUUACAAGCUGGAGAAAGACGAACAUAUCCCAGAUGGAAUGUGUAUCGAUGCUGAGGGGAAGCUCUGGGUGGCCUGUUACAAUGGAGGAAGAGUGAUUCGUUUAGAUCCUGAGACAGGGAAAAGACUCCAAACUGUGAAGCUGCCUGUUGAUAAAACAACCUCGUGUUGCUUUGGAGGGAAGGAUUACUCUGAAAUGUACGUGACCUGUGCCCGGGAAGGAAUAGACCCUGAGGGUCUUCUGUGGCAACCGGAAGCUGGUGGAAUUUUCAAGAUAACUGGCCUGGGAGUCAAAGGCAUUCCUCCCCGUCCUUACAUAGGCUGAGUGACAGGCCUUCCUACUGUUGCCGACAUCUAGAGAAUUCUGGAGCUGACUUUUCAAUCUACAAUAGUUACCAAAAACUGAAGCAAUGAUGUUAUAACAGAAUUAUAUGUUCAUUUACUCUCUUUUAAAUGUAGAGAUUUUUAACAAGGAGUGGCAGGUGGGUUUGAUAACGUACUAGACGGCCUUCUGCAAAGGUACAAUAAAAAUGUCAAGAAUUGUUCAACUGUCAACCAGCCUCUUGAUCCUUUACAAAUUGCUGGUGGAUGGCGGCAGAGGGAAGAGACUGUACCUGUUCUUUAUUCUGCAUUUCACACUAUACUGAAAGCUUCAAACUAAUAAAAAGCAAUCUGGUAAAGA